UUUAUUCCCAACACCUAUAAACUGGUGACAAAACACAGCAGAACGGACUGUAGGUAUAAAUUGCUCUCCUCAAGAGUAGUCAAAUGUUGGAGUUCGCUUCUGGCUGAGUUAGUCCAGGCAACUUCCCAGGACUCCUUUAGGAGAAAACUUGACGUAUUCUAAAGGUCUAAGCAGAGUAUCUCACUAUAAUUUACUAAUUAUUAUUUUUCUUAUUUACCGUCAAUAUACCUAGGUUCCUGUCUGGAGGUGUCAGCGAUCCAUUGCUACUGGAUACGGAAGCCCGUUAAGCGAAAACUUCGAUUCCGUUCAGAACCAUUUGCCAUUUGAAGACAUCUGAGGUGGGCGUUUCGAAUUUUUCAGGAUGGAGUCCACUCCAGUUUGGGCACCAUUUUUGGGUUUAAUUGGAUGUAGUUCGGCGAUGAUAUUAUGUGCACUUGGCGCUGGUUACGGGACUGCCAUUUCCGGUAUGAGCAUUUCAUGCAUUGCAGUAUCCCGUCCUGAUAUCGUCAUGAAGACCAUAAUACCAGUUGUAAUGGCAGGGAUAAUUGCAAUAUAUGGUCUUGUCGUCUCUGUAUUAAUUGCUCAAAGAAUAGACGACAGUUACACCUUAUUCAUGUCAAUUAAUGAUCUUGGUGCUGGUUUGAGCGUGGGAUUCAGUGGACUGGCUGCUGGCUACGCGAUUGGGAAAGUUGGUGACGCCGGUGUGCGAGCAACCUCCAAGCAACCAAGAAUGUUUGUUGGAAUGGUGCUUAUUUUAAUCUUUGCGGAAGUACUUGGACUCUAUGGACUGAUAGUUGCUCUUAUUAUGUCGACAAAGUGAUUUGACCUAAAUAACUCCUUACACACUAUCAAUUCGCAUAAUAAUUAUUCCCAUAUGUUAUCUUUUCAAGAUUUUGUGAUUGGUACAUUGUCUCUUUGAUAUUGAUAAACUUAGUUCUUUUACAAAAGUCAAAGAAUUCUUC